GCGUGUCAGACCUGGUCCCAGAGAAAACAAGGGGUGUGCUUGGGUGCUUGCGAGGCAGCAGCGCAUGCGCCCCGCAGGAAAUCACGGGCGUCGAGCCUCACACCGCAGCGAUUGCAGAUCUUGCGUGUCAGAAAGGAAGGUGUGGGAAAGGGGGUACGAGACGCGGGGGGUCCAGCCGUCAUUGCCCGGCGUAAGAAGGGGAUGGAGACCCGAUCUGUGGGAGAAGAAGAGGGCUGCCGUGACUCCGCCUGAUAGUUUUUUUUCUUUCCAACUUGAGCCGUACGAGCCCUGUCUGCGGAUGCAACCUGUCUGUCAUACCGUCCGUCCCGGUAAUCCCUUUCUUAUUGCAGCGUUUCCUCCUCCUCCUCCUCCGAGGCUCCAGGCAGAGGGGACUACAAUGACAACCUGGUGAACGCACAUGAGACGAUGGAGUAAAACAUUUGGCAAACGCAGGAUGCGCAUCCCCAGCCCGAGAAGGAAGAAGGUAGAGGAACCUGGCUCUUUUUCUGCUGUCGCGCGUCAGAGAUUUUCCGCGUUGUUGUGGAUUGAUCGUUGCCUUCAUCGCCCUCCUGCUGCCGGUGUCGGUGUAUAAUGGAGAGCUCCAAUGGCUCUGGCAGCGAAACCAAACCGCAGAACCACCAGUUGGAGAAGAAGAGACUGAACCGAGUAGCUUCCCCGGCCAGACCUUUCCUCAAGGAUGUACACUCCCGCUCCACCAAACCACCUGCCAUCGUACCCAAAUCCCCCAAACUUAGCAAGCAGCAGCAGCAGCAGCAGCAGCAGGGUUCUCCACUGCCCCUGGCCCAUCCGAACCGCAGCUCCAGACGGAUCACAUACGGGCCGAAGGAGAAACCAGCAACGACGAAAAGUAACCCCAAGUCCUCUGUGGCCAAAAAGCCCACUAAGGUGCCCCAGCAUGCUGCAGCCGAGCCUAAAGCCGCCAGUAUCAAACCGGACAGCACCAGCAGUCCCAUCCUCACUAAAAGCAAGAAGGGGAAACUAGCCUCUCAGGCGGGCCCUCUCAGCCAUGGAUCUCCGAUCCGGGUGCCGACCGGGGUGCCUCUGGGUCGGGUCAGUCAGACAGACAGCAGCUCAGAUCUGUCAGACUGUCAGUCCGAGCCGCUGUCGGACGAGCAGAGGCAGGCUGCGGCCGCUAGCAGCGACGCCGAGUCCGGUACUGGGUCCAGUGACCGGGAUCAGGUGGGAGCAGAUAAUCCGCCGCGGGGGGAAGCGACCGGAGAGACUGCUGCUGAUGCUACAGCUGCUGCUGCUGCUUCUCCGCCGCGCACAUCCGAGGCUUCCGCCGCCAAGGGAAGCAUGUCUCAGGCUCAGUGCGCUCCGGGGGCGCAGGGAGACAAACACAAGCCGGAGAAAGCUUCAUCAGGCGCACAAAUCAGACUGCCAGGAAACAAGGAUGUAGCUGAGGAGGACCUGCAGCGGGAGGUUGAAGAUUUGAGAUCUGAAAACGACUACCUCAAGGAUGAAGUUGACGAGCUGCGGGCGGAGAUGGAGGAGAUGCGGGACAGCUACCUGGAGGAGGAGGUCUACCAGCUGCAGGAGCUGCGGAGGGAGUUAGACCGCUCCAACAAGAACUGCCGCAUCCUGCAGUACCGCCUGCGAAAGGCCGAGCAGAAGAGCCUGCGGGUCGCGCAGACCGGACAUGUGGACGGAGAGCUGCUCCGGAGUCUGGAGCAGGACUUGAAGGUGGCCAAAGACGUGUCGGUGCGUUUGCACAACGAGCUGGAGAGCGUGGAGGACAAACGCAGCAGAGCCGAUGACGAGAACGAGCUGCUCAGACAGAAAAUCAUCGAGGUGGAGGUCUCCAAACAGGCGCUGCACAACGAGCUGGAGAGGACUAAAGAGACUGCAUUGAGGAGGCGAGGGAGCAGGGAAACAUUUAAAGACAAGAAGUCCACUGGUCAGGAUGACAGUGCAGACCUCAGGUGCCAGCUCCAGUUCUCCAAGGAGGAGUCCAGCCUGAUGAGAAAAAAGAUGGCGAAGCUCGGCCGAGAGAAGGACGAGCUGGAGCAGGAGCUGCAGAAGUAUAAGUCAGUUUACGGGGACGUGGAUAGUCCUCUCCCCCUGGCCGAGUGCGCUGGUGGUGGUCCUCAUACCACGCGAGAAGCUGAGUUGCGGCUACGGCUCAAACUGGUGGAGGAGGAGGCGAACAUCCUGGGCAGGAAGAUUGUGGAGCUGGAGGUGGAGAACCGCAGCCUGCGAUCUGAGAAUGAGGACAUUCGCUGUCAGUAUGAAAGAGACUGCUUCGGACGGGAGCCUUUCUCCAGCAUGCCCUCGUCGCCGUAUGGAAGUGACCCGCUGGAGUCUGCAAAUGAGCUGCGGCGCCACCUUCAGUUUGUGGAGGAGGAGGCUGAGCUGCUGCGGCGCUCCAUCUCAGAGAUCGAGGACCACAACAGGCAGCUGACUUCUGAACUCAAUCGCUUCAAGUUCGGUCCGAGUAGCACUAUCGGCGAGGAGGGCAGUGAGGGAGGAUUAUUUAAACCUGGUGGGAACGGUAACGGCUCGAGCAGCGGGCUGAUGAUGGAGGAGCUCAAAUCAGCCAGGAUGCAGAUCAAUGAGCUGAGUGGGAAGGUGAUGAAGCUGCAGUACGAGAACCGAGUGCUCAUGUCCAACGUGCAGCGCUGCGACCUGGCUGCUCACCUCGGCCUUCGUACAGGUAGCCCACGAGACAGCGACGCAGACAGUGAUGCCGGCAGAAGAGACGCUGCUGACGAAGAAGAGGCAGGCCGACUUCUUCUCCUCCAUCCAAAGAGGGAGGGCCCUAUCGGAGGGGAGAGCGACUCCGAAGACCUGUUUGAGAAAACAACAACCACCUCGGGGUUCGGAAGUAUCAAACCCUCAGAUGGCAGCGAGCUCAGCGCCACUGAACUGGCCAACCGCAGGAGGGAAGAGCGGGAGUCCUUCACCAACGUAAAACGCGAGGCGGACAGGCUCGGGAAGACAGUGGACCGUCUGAUCACAGACACGGACAGUCUGAUCUUUGAGGGCCGGCUGCUGGUGACAACAGGUGACGGUGUGGAAGGAGGAGCGGCGUCUGGAAACAAACCAGACACCCAGGUCCUCGAUACCAUCAACACUCGCAUGAAGGCUUUCCGCACAGAGCUGCACAUCUUCAUGGAGAAGCUGGACCACGUAGGGGAAGGGCUGAGAGACAGGACGGACGAUCUGUCACCCAUGCCAAACCUCACAGAGUCCAGCAGCUUCCUGUCCACGGUCACGUCCAUGUCCCGAGACUCUCCCAUCGGCACUUUCGGAAGGGACCUCGCGACGGACUUCCAGUCCGGUCAGAGGGAUGAGCUGGAGUGGCGUCUAGGACAGGAGCGAGGCGUGGAGCCCCAGAGCCAGAGCCAGGGUGGGGGCCAGGCCCAGAGCAGGGGAGCCCCGGGACUCACUAGGUACCACAGGCCCCUGGCUUUAAGAGCAGAGCUCCGGGACACGCCUGCUGCUGACAUCCAGUUUCGUCUGGAUCAUGAACGAAGGCUGCGAGCGGCGACAGAGGAGCGGGACGCUGUCGUCUCUCUGCCUCAGCAGGAGGACGAGCGUUUGCGUAUGGAGGCCCAGCGUGGAGGCCUGGAGCUGCAGGGUCUUCAGUGUCACGAGGGGCCCUGGACUCAGGAGAGGACCAUGCUGCAACAAGAGGUCCGCCUCUUCAGACGCAACACCAUCAUCUUCUACAUGAAGCUCAGGUCCAUCCUUAUGCACUGGAGACUCGGCUGCAAGGACGAGUCUGGAGAGGAGGCGGGGCACCCAGAGUUUGAGAAGUUGGAGGGCAUCCCAGAGCUGGGAGCGAUGACGGAGCAGGCGGAGGGGGAGUCGGAGCGAGACGACAGACUGUGUUUACCACAAACUUUAGGGGACGUCCGCGACACCGGGCCCUUCAUCCCUCUGCCGUCACCUGACCGUCACCUGCAGCAUCAAAGACAGUUUGGGGAGAACCGUCAAGUGCUGCAGGCCCUGCGGACGCUGCUGGAGGAGUUUCGGGAGGAGCUGCUGGAGGAGGAGGCGCGGCGCUGCCAGCUGCAGCAGUCCUACGCCAAUGACAAAGCCGCCUGGGAGGUCAAGUGGGCAGAGAUGAAGUGCCAGGUCGCACAGUUGGAGGAGGAGGUGCCAGGCAGAUUGCGAGGCGAGGCUCAGGGAGGUGAAGGGGAACCAUCAGGAGACCCCAAGCGGGCCAUGAAGCAGGAGCGAGAGGAGCACCAGCGUCUGCUGGCCGAGAGCCACGGUACCUCCCUGGACCUCCGCUGGAAGCUUCUGCACGGAGAGAAGAGAUGGGGUCGCGAGAGGGCGGACCUCCUGGAGCGCUUUGACCAGGAGCGUCAGGAGUGGGACGGCAGUAUGAGGGAGCUCCACCGCAAGAUGGAGAGGAUGCAGAGAGAGCUGAGCACGAGACGAGGAGAGGGCAUCGACAUUAAAGAGGGUCACAGAGGAGUGUUUUCGCCUCAGGACAGUCCGUGUAACGCCCCAAGAUCACCACGCUCCCCACGCUCCCCUCGCUCCCCGUGUACGUCUACACCUAUCUCUGCCCCGCCCGUGCGCUCCCACUCCGACUCCGAGGCCAUGCUGGAGGAGCAGGGCGCCGCCAUGAGGCUUAAAGGACCAACAGAGAACCUGUUCCUGGAUGCUCUGUCUCUGGACCCCCUCAGCAGCCUGGAGGUCCCGCCUCCAUCCAGACUGGAGAGUGAGAAGAGGUUCCCCUGCAUGAAGGAGGCGCUGAAUGAGAUCGUGGAGAGUGAAGGUGAACCUGAGUAUCCAGAGGAGGAGAUGGGCGGGGGAAGUCUGCUCAGAGCCAAGUCAGUGUGCUCAAUGAGCGACUUCCAGCGGUUAAUGGACAGCUCUCCGUUCCUCCCUGACAAGACUCGCCUCGGUGAUCAGGGCCAGGAUGACAUCACCCCUCCUCUUUCCCCAGAUGACCUCAAGUACAUUGAGGAGUUCAACAAUAAGGGCUGGGACUUCCCAUCAUCCACCACCGGCCAAGGUCCUCUCCGAGAGGCAUGGCCUGACAGGCCCCCUGAGGCCAGGGGAGCCGAGCCCGUUCUUGAUCCAUUCCAGCCAGCCUCCUGGUUCCUUACCACCAGCGCCACCCUAACCACCAGCACCCUGAGCAGCCCCGAGCACUGCCACAAGUCCCCACUGAGGGGCAACGGGGCAGGGGCGGCAGGGAUGGGACUGGAGCACUGUGGGGUGCACAUGCUCCACAGCCCCACCAGGCCUGGAGCAGCCGAGUGCCCAACUGGCCAAGACCCGGACUUCCUGUACGCCAAAGGGACCAAAGCCAGGGGAGGAGGAGAGGCUGGGGUGGGAUCCAGUGGGCCGGAUGAGGUCUUCAGCAGUGGGAGGUGGCCUUGUGGGCUCCUGGAGGGUGGGGGGUUGAGGACUUCUCCUAACCAGUCUCCUAUCUACACCUCCUCCCUGGAGCUUCAGCUCUCCAGGAACCUGAGCGACGACAUGAAGGAGGUGGCAAUCUCUGUGAGAAACGCCAUCCGAUCUCCGCCAGGGCCCAUUGUCAGGGACUCCUCCUGCCAGACCAACGGAUUCACCACAAGAGGCACUCAGACCACCCAAACCAUCAGUGUUGGUCUACAAACAGACUUGCUGAGGAACCUGACCAGCAGCCCCCACCGCUGCCUCACCCCUAAAGGCGGCAACACGCCCGUAUCCUCCCCGUCACGCAGCACGAGGAAGGUUCAGUACUCUCCCGUCAUCCAGAGUAAGUUUGAGCGACCCUGCUGCUCGCCAAAGUAUGGCUCGCCCAAACUUCAGCGCAAACUUUCCAAUUCAAACAAGGGGGAUUUACCAAACACGAGCCGUGCGCCGACCCCCACCACCCCACAGAAGGGCAACAGCGAGUCGGCAUGGGCUCGCUCCACCACCACUCGCGACAGCCCCGUCCACACCACCAUCAACGACGGUCUCUCCAGCCUCUUCAACAUCAUCGACCACAACCCCGUCGCCUAUGAAUCCAUGCAGAAGUUCAACAAGUCCCCCAGUCGCUCUCGCCCUCCAUCCACUGAGCCCGGCGCCGCACAAGGGGCUCUCGCCACAGACCCCAGGAACGCCCAGGAGUGCCUACGGACUGCUCGGGGGCGCUCCCCCAGCCCUGUGCAGCUUAUAGUGGAGACACAGGGGGACAAAAACCAGGAGGUGGUGAGCAUACGGCAGGACCUGUCCGCCCCGCCAGGCUACACACUGGCUGAAAACGCAGCUCGCAUCCUUAACAAGAAGCUGCAGGAACAGAACUUUAGAGAGGAGAGGAGGCUGCAGGCUGGAGCACAGGGCGGCCAAAGCAGAGACAGCGGCAAGCAGGCAGACUCAGACAGAGGACAGUCUGGAUGUAUAGAGGACCUGCCUCGCUCUCCAGUGGCCCCGCCCCUGGACUCCUGCUUCCUGAGACCGGCCCGCCCGGCUAACCAGCGACCCCCCUCGCGGUGGGCAAACUGCUCUCCCUCCUCCUCCCCCAGUUGGAGCGAGGGCACGAAGAGGAGGUUCACCUUCCCGCCAUCGGGGCAUCGCAAGACCAUCCUGGAGGGUGAGGAGCCAGCGUGAGUCCUGUCCUCUACCUCCUCUCACUCUGCUCCACCUCAGCCUGAAGACCCAGUACCUCAGAAACCCCCGCCCAACAACUCCAGAGACUCCUAAAGGGUGGAGCCAGAAGCGGGGGUUUUAUGAUCAAUCCAGUAGCACCAGCUGACCAUGGAGGAACCAGAAGAACCUGGAAUGUACUGUAAUAACAUUCAACAAAGUCAUAAUACCUACAUUUCCAUAAAAGGUGCCUGCACACACUUGAGUUCAUAAUCACCCCACAUGUGUGUAUAUAUGUAUUUAUUACAUAUAUGUAUAUUUUAGUUGCAAUUCUGAAUAUUUUUUCAGCUGAAAACUGAAGGUCAGCUGUUGGAUUUGUAGGAAGUUUACACCUUUUGUUUACACAUUUAUUUUCUACAUAAAAAUAUUUUCUGUUGUCCUGCAUCAAUACGUUUUAAAGGUUUUUUUGGUUUUUUUUGCAAUAAGAGCAUACCUUUAUUUUUUUGUUGCCAGCAUUCGAAGCUUGACUUUUCUGUUUAGUCACAAAAAAACAAGCAAACACAAAAAAAAAACAACUUCUGCUUUUAUGGGUCUGAAGCAGAGACACAUGAUGUCAUUUCUGAUGCUAACGUACUUCAUUUAUUUUACGUUGGGAUGAAUGUUUGACUCCGUAAACAUGUAGAAGAAGGGUGACAACAACAUGGAGGAUAACCUUAUGCAUAUUUGGAAGGCAGUUGUACAAAUAUCAGUGACAUAUUUGCAUGCCUUUUGAACACUAGCACUUUAGUGCAUGUACAUACAAGCUCUAGUCUUUUGUGAUCACUCAGCUCCGCUGUGGGGGGCGCGGGGGGCGGGCGGUGUUGUGAAAGGAACUCUUGAGAUGUUGUUUUUUUGUCACAUGAUUUGCAUCGACUUAAGAAGAAUUUUUAAGUAAAUUAUUGUACCUACUGGGCUGUCUUUGUACAGUUGUUACUAUUGGAUAUGAAUUACUUUUUUUUCUUUUAACAGGAAAAAAGGGAUUGUGGGAAGAUCUGAAUGUUUUCAAUGAAGUCUAUGUCAAAAAAGUCUAAAGAUAUAUAGUCUUAUGUAAAUAGUAAAUGGUAAUAAACAUGAAUGUGUAUUUACAAGA